GUCUCCUGCUCAUCAGCCCAGGAGAUCAAUGCAAGGUGAAGAGAGCCCCUACUUCUGCUCAGGAAGUUCCAUCAUCUCCACCCCUAGAUUCAACACCUCCUUUCACGUCAAGCAGAUAGUUUAUCCGUCAUGCAGAAUAAAUGAUUUUCGCAGCCAUAGUCACCCUACUCGCCCUGCAUCAGAGUUCAACUACAGGAGUCCGGAGGCACCUUCCCGCAGGCAGCAGUCAGCAUGUUCUGCGGCCACCUCAGGCAGUCAGGCUUGCUACAAGACUUUCCAGGACCCCAUGCAGAAGACUUAUAGCGGAGACUUGCUCCAAAGACAUUCUCAGCACUUUACCCAGGACAAACCUUUCACCCCCAAGACUCUGAAAUCAGAUAAGAGUUCAUACCUCUCCAACUACAGCUAUUACAGAGCUCCACGAAGGAACCCAAACCAGGACUGCAUCAACCCCAGACUGAUUCGACAGGAGACCUAUCAAGGAACCACACAAACCAAGGAGCGUUCAUCAGUGGAAUUGGACGAUUUACCUCAGGUAAUUAGUACUGAGCAUGAGUGGUCUGAGGAUGAGCUCAGCGGCCCAAAUCUCUCAGUAUCUAGACAGCACAACCAGACCAACAAGGGUAGAAGCAGUGGUUUCUUUCGCUCCUCAUCAAGGAUCUCACCAGAGAUCUUUGAUGGAAGUCUCCUUUCAUGAUGAGUGUGUCUGCAGUGGAAGAAGAAUUAAUGUACCUUGAAUUCAUUUCUGAUGUAACAGAGGAUAUCUUGGCUAGAGGGCACUUCUCUGACAGGGUCCUGGAUCUGGUGAUAAAGCGCCAUAU